AUGAAUCAUAAUUUUGAGGGGAUUAAACGGCCGGUGAAAAUUCAGGAAUUUAGAGUUGCAGUCCGGGAGAUGUCUAAUGAUGAACUUGCUAACGUAAGACGCGAGAUCGAAAACAGCACGGCGCAUCUGAAUAGGUCGAAUGCACGGCUGAGAAGAUAUAUCUCCAAGAUUGGGGGUGAGAAACCUCAGAGGGAUGAGUUUGAUCUCGACGACGAAGAUGACGAGAAUUUGAACAUUGACUCAAGUGAUCUUCAGUUGUUCAACGAUUCUAUAAGGGAAAAUGAGAUUGUUUUGGACAAUUACAGAGAGAUCAUUGAAGCCUUGGAUCAAGAAGAUAUAUACAGAGCUACUGGUAAACCUGCCGGGGGAAGUGUAGCUGAUUCUUCUGACUCUGCAUCUAAAAGGGAGACCCCACAAGACAUCCCAGCCGUCAUCGAUCUUUGA